UUUUCCAGUUCUUCCAAACCCACCAUAUCAUCUCCCUGUAUACGAGAGCGCACCUGCGGCUUCGGGACGGCGGGAAAGUCUAACCUGCGCUCCACGGCGUAAAAUCUCCUCGCAUCGUUCGCCGCCGAAUCCAACGACUGAGAUUGCCUGGACCCGUAGAGCGCUAAACAGUACCCGCGCAUUUUAGCUGAUCCCUACCUGAAAAAGCAGAAAACAGGAGAGCCCUCUCUCUCUCUCUCUCUCGUAUUCAAAUCUGAAAGCGACUCUGUUUUCAGAAAAGAUGCAUUGAAACCCUAACUCAGUCCGAAUUUUCACGGUCUUCCCUAAUUCGAAGAAAGAUCGAAAUCAGCUUGCCAGGCAGUCAUAGCUGGCCAAUUUGUAGCUGGAAAUGAAUGGUGAAAGCAGAAAAGGUCAUGGUCCCCAUUCAAAGGACAACAUUGAUCCAUUAGAAAGCUUGGAUGGUUCAAUUUGUGUGGCUUUUCUACCAUGGGCCAUUCGAUGUCAGGCCCAGCACAUCGAUGGUCAGGAGUUACUAGCCAUAUUAAUGUUUACAGUGAUGGGAUCCACAGAUGAGGCCAUAGAAAUCGAUGUCUUGGAGAGGCACUUGUUGUCAGACACUGCUUCUCAUGAUGACGGUGAGGCCGAAGAUGAAACAAUUGUGUAUGAUGCUUCCUUCAAAGAGAUGGAAGAUAACUAUGUUAAAUAUCAAACAGCUCAAUGGGUUCUUUAUUCUUUACUUUUGAUUCUGGCAUGGGGCAUUGGAUUGUUCAUGUUGUUUUAUCUGCCUGUGAGAAGAUAUAUCUCGCGGAAAGAAUUCCAGUCUAGAAAGCUCUAUGUCACUCCUAAUGCCAUAGUUUACAAGUAUGCAAGACCUGUACCUUUCCCUUGUUUUGGGGUUCUGAAGAAAGAAAAGCAUGUUCUAUUACCAUCAGUGGCAGAUAUUGUUGUUGAACAAGGAUAUUUUCAGUCCCUUUUCGGCAUCUAUUCUGUCAGAAUCGAGAAUGCAGGCGUUCGAAGGCCGGCAAGCGAUGAUGUUCAAAUCCAAGGAGUUUCUCAUCCGAGUGAUUUUAGGAAGGCUGUCCUGGCUCAUCUUUCAACCUUGAGGAAUGAGGGCUUUGCUCAGCAAGUUUCCACCAGUGAAGAUCAGUCAAAUUAUGGAGCCGUUUACUCAUCGCCACACGCAGCGUGGGGGCAUCACAGUGUUGGAACAGUCUUGACAUCCCAGCUGAGGGUCGAGAGUUUAAUCGAGCGCCACUCUCAAGCAUCAGAAGCUAUAGUUUGAAGCUAGCAAACUAAAAUCGCAAUGUUGAUCCAGGACAUCAAGCGAGUGAUAUUGACCCUAAUACAGAGUUGCUUUGAAUUGCUGUUUGGAAUCGAUGGUUCGCGUGCUCUUCUUGUUGCCUUGUCAAGUUCUAAGUCUACACACCAAAGUUAGCUCAAUAGUGGUCGUUCUUGAUGGACGGUUGGAUUUUUGUAUUUCAAUAUCUCUCUGAUCAGAGAGGUAUAUCCACCUAUUCAUGUAUUGUUGUUGAUCCUGUAAUCUGGUUCUUGCUCUUUUCCUGUUCUAUGAGGUUGUGGAUCGUCUGGUCAUAGGCCAUUGAUUGAAUGGUUGGGAUCUUUUGUAAGAAAUCAGUGGGUAAUCUUUUGUAAGAAAUCAGUGGGUCACA